AUGGAUACUUCGAUUCAACUAGAUCACCCAAAGGCCAUCUUCAGUAAUGGCGACCCAAUCACUGGCAAUAUCGUCAUUUACUGCCCUACAAGCAUCACCAAAGUUUCAAAAAUCACAGCGACCUUAGUUGGUGAGAGUGUACUAUCUUAUACCGACACAAGCGGCCUUUUGAUGGACCGAGAGCAACAAGACAAGCACCGCUUCGCACACGAUUUCCAGAUUAUAUUUCCUUCGCGCCAUGAUCAGAGGGUUUUAGGUGCCGAAAAGUCAAUAAGACUGGGCUUCGGAUAUCACAGCUUUCGGUUUGCGUUACGGAUACCUGAUGCAGUGGAGUGUAGCUCAUGCCCUCCAAACUCCCCGGCUGUAUCGCCGGUAUGCAAUGAGAAAUAUGCAGUCCAGUCGCCAUCCUCUUCGCACGAUAUGCUCCCACCAUCAAUGCACGAUAUUGUUGAUGGUGCAGCGAUCUCAUAUCGUAUCGAUGUAGCAGUAACCAGCAUACGCAGCAUUUUCAAAUCGACGAUAAAAACGAACUUGAACAUCACAGUAUGGCCUAUGGAAACACAUAACCAGUAUCUCGGCUCCUUGUCCAAGGAAAAUAGCACAUUUCCAUGCGUAAAAACAGUGCAAGCAACUAUCAUGGGUCCAUACGCUCAACUUCCAGCACUAGUCGUCUCUCCGACUGAAUACAUGCAUCACCUCUCCGCGGCCAUCCCUCCAGCUCAGAUAUCAAUAUCAGCUCAUUUACUACCGGAUUACUCAAUCCUCCGAAACCGCCACAUGAUGAUACGACUCAGCAUUUCGAAACUCAAUGAAUUUGCAUACAGCCUCUACCUGCAGUCUUUUCAGAUGCUGUUGGUUGGGUAUACGGAUAUUAAAGCCAAGGGUCCGUCUCUUACGAAUACGCAGAUUUCCUGCUGGACGAUUCAAAGCAUGAGCAACCUCGGUUUGCCUGUACUCCAUUAUUCUGAAAGCGUCGGUACCGAAAAAUACAUUGAUAGGAGUCUAUGGGAAGGUGAAGCACUGCCAGAUACCAUUGUCCCAAGUUUCGACUCGUGUGGGUUGGCGAGAAGAUAUGAAUUGGAUAUCUCCAUGGGGUUUCAAUGUCGGGAUACAAAGGAUCAGGCUGGUCGGAUACUAUUGGUUCAAUUGAGGACACCGGUACACGUGUCUUCUGGGAUACGUCCCGGUAGGAAGCUUGAGAGUGGGGACGAUAAGAAGUUGUUUCUGAACGGAGAGCUGGUACCGAUUAGUAUGCGUUCACAAGACGAUAUGGGUACGCAAGAUGAGAAUCGGCACGGUGCUACCCAAAGGGUGGGUGCUGCGAACGAAGACUACGGCACGCCAAUGGAUCCGCCGCCUACGUACGAAGAAGCUACCAUAAGGUCUUGGUGA